GCAUACCUGAAAAACGUAGCUGGAGCACUCCAUCGGACAAGCAAGUGCUUCACGAAGCAAAGCAAGCAGCCAUGGUGAGCAUGGAGAGCCGGAGCCUCCUCGCUGCUGCCCCAGCUCUGGCAGUCGCCAUCAUCUUCCUCUCUACCACCGCACCGCUGGCGCGCGCGGCAUCCGUCGAGCACACAUUUGUCGUGAAUCAGACGAAGAUGACGCGCCUGUGCAAGGAGACACUGGUCACCGUGGUGAACGGGCAGCUCCCAGGGCCGACCAUUGAGGUCACAGAAGGAGACUCGGUGACUGUUCAUGUCGUCAACAGGUCACCUUACAACAUUACGAUCCACUGGCAUGGAGUAAAGCAGUUUCGGAACUGCUGGGCUGAUGGGGUGCCUAUGGUCACCCAAUACCCUAUCCAGCCGAACAAAGAUUUCACUUAUCGGUUCAAUGUCGUCGGGCAGGAAGGCACUCUGUGGUGGCAUGCUCAUGUCCCCGGCCUACGGGCAACCCUCCAUGGCGCAUUCAUCAUUCGGCCAAGGCUUGGGGCUGAGUCAUAUCCAUUUCCUAAGCCUCAUAAGGAGAUCCCAGUUAUUAUAGGGGACUGGUGGGAGGAGGACCUUGCAGAGAUGGCCCGGAACAUGACGAAGGGCAUCUUUUUGUCUUAUGCUAGUGCCUCCACAGUCAAUGGCUUGGUCGGAGAUCUCUUCAAUUGCUCCGGUGUCACAAAAGAAGGAUAUGUUCUGGAUGUGGAGCCUGGCAAGACCUACCUGCUACGAAUAAUCAAUGCCGGCCUCUUCUCUGAGUUCUAUCUUAAGAUCGCUGGGCACAAGUUCACGGUGGUUGCUGCCGACGCUAACUACGUCAGCCCGUUCACCACAGAUGUCAUCGCAAUCGCAGCUGGCGAGACAGUGGAUGCCUUGCUGAUUGCCAAUGCAGCCCCUGGCAGGUACUACAUGGUCGCCCUACCCAAUCAGGCACCAUUGCCUGACACCCAAACUCCGGAGUACGCUACAAGGGGGAUGGUGCGGUAUAAGGUCAGCCACAGCACCUGCACUAGCUCAACGACAGUGAGCUCAUGCCAGGGUACAGAAGAAGAAGAAAAAGGAUAUCGAGGUACAUCUGGUGAUGCUCCAAUAGUGCCUAAGAUGCCUGACAUACAUGACACAAUUACAUCGUUCUACUUCCAUGGCAACCUGACCAGCCUGCACCACCAAGGGCAACUUCCAGUCCAGCAACAAGUCGAUGAGCGCCUCUUCAUCGUGCUUGGCCUCGGCACCAUCUGCAAGAAAGGCCAGUUCUGUAAGAGGGGUAGCAGUGACGAGGACCUCCUAGUGGCCACGAUGAACAAUGCUUCCUUCCAGCACCCCACAGCGAUACCAACACCACUACUAGAAGCGCACUACUACCACACCGGCCUCAUCAAUGCCACGACACAAGAGCUUCCGAAGGGGCCACCGAAAUUGUUCAACUUCACCGAUGAAGCCUUAAUCCCUUUUGGACCCAAAGAGAUGCAGCUAGAGCCAACUUACAAGGCGACGUUGGUCCGGAGGUUCCGACACGGUGCUGUGGUGGAAAUAGUCUUUCAGAGCACAGCGAUCCUACAGGGAGACUCCAAUCCAAUGCACCUACAUGGGCAUGACAUGAUUGUGCUUGCACAAGGCCUUGGCAACUAUGAUCCAGCGAAGGCCGUGGCCACGUACAACCUGGUUAAUCCACUAAUAAAGAACACUGUGCUUGUCCCAAAUCUUGGGUGGAUCGCCAUCCGAUUUGUCGCCAAUAAUCCAGGGGCAUGGUUCAUGCAUUGCCACUAUGAGUUUCAUCUAUCAAUGGGCAUGGCAGCAGUCUUUAUUGUAGAGGAUGGACCAACAAAUGACACGUCUCUCCCUCGACUGCCAGUGAAUUUUCCGACUAUUGGUCAAGACAUCAAUCUCAUGCCCAAUGACUUAUAUCUCAAAACUAUGAAAAGUUAAAACUAGUGCACAAAGGGAGUACCUGUGUAUGUAUGAAGACAACUCCUAUUACUUAUUUUGAAUAAAUGGUUAUGAAUAAUGGAUGUGCGUCAUGAGAUAAA